UCAUCCCGGUGGCGUAAGCAAAAGCUGCACGGGGGGAGUCUGCCAUGGCGGCCGAGAAGCGGCAGUGGCCGGUGUUGUGAGCGCGCCCGCUUCCUGCUGCUGCUCGCCCGAGUCCUUCCUUCCUCGACCACGAUGACACCGUCGCAGCGCGGCUCCAGUGUCCGCUGCGCUGGCCGGCCCGCUGCUUCGCCGCGCGACGUCGUCUGAAGAAAACGGAAACUUGCGCCGCCGUGCAAAUGUGUGUGUGUGCGUGCGACUCGGGAAAAGCGAAAACACGGGCCACUCUGCUUUCGGGUUCGGAUGCCUAAGCUGCUGCCCUGCGUCGACGGUUCUGCUGUUGCCGGAGACGGCUGCAAUUGCAUGGCCGCUGGUCUAAGCUCGGGUCUUGGGACGCGAUGGUGUGGCAGACGGCGGCAUCUGGCGGUGGCCGCCUGAGCAGCGGGAGGCAACAUGGCCGACCAGCGUGUGUCCCUCGUCGGGGCUGCCCAGCUAGCCGGCCAGCUGCGCACAGACCCUGCACGGGUGUUGGUGAUUGACAGCCGGCCUUUUCUGGAGUUCAACACCUGCCACAUCCGGGAUGCCGUCAACGUCUGUUGUUCCAAGAUCAUCAAGCGUCGUCUUCAGCAUGACAAGGUGAGCGUGUGCGAGCUGCUGCCAUCCGAUGGUCGCCAGCAGCGGGUCGAGCAGGUGGUGGUGUACGACCAGGGCUCGUGGUCGGUUCCCAGCGGCGAUGACUCCUUCCUCGCCGUGCUGCUUGCCAAACUGGCCAGGGCUUUUCCAGGGCGUGUGGCUCUGCUUGCAGGCGGGCUGCUGGAGUUCUCGAGCCGUCACCGUACGCUGUGCGAGGACGGCGGCUCCCGGGGCCCGCUGACGUCCCUGUCGCAGCCGUGCCUGAGCGCCGCGGGACCCACGCGGAUCCUCCCUUUCCUCUUCCUGGGCUCUCAGCGCGACGCCCAGGACCCCGAGCUGCUGGCGGCGCACAACAUCUGCUACGAGCUGAACGUGAGCACCUCCUGCCCCAAGCCGGACUUCAUCCCCGACGCGCACUUCCUGCGCAUCCCGGUGAACGACAGCCACGCCGACAAGCUGCGGCCCCACUUCGCUCGGGCCUGCCGCUUCCUGGACAAGGUGCGGGAAUCGAGCGGGUGCGUGCUGGUGCACUGUCUGGCCGGCGUGUCACGGUCUCCAACUGUGGCGAUUGCGUACGUCAUGCGUCACUUGGGCCUCUCGUCAGACGAUGCCUACCGGUACGUCAAAUCUAAACGCCCCAGCAUCUCGCCAAACUUCAACUUCCUUGGCCAGCUGUUGGAGUACGAGCGCGAGCUACGUGGUGAAGCUGUUCUGCGGACGGGGGGUGCCGCUAGCGCACCACUGCCGGAAGAGAGGCCCCCCGGCUGCUGCGAGGAGCCUCGGCAGCAGCCCCGCGAGGGGGAGCGGCCUCCCCCCCUUGUGCGACCUGCUUCAGACCCACGGUGGUCCCUUUGCCGGCUGAGUUUGGACUUGCGGGGCUCGAGCACCAGUAGCAACCGCCGAGACGUGCAGCGCAGCCGGAGCUGCAACCUCCAGAACUGGCCACUACUGGGACCGCACCCGGAGGAAGAAUUGGCAUCCGCGUCGUCAUUGUCAGCCACGGACUGCCGGCUCCCGGAGCACCAGCAGACGGCGCCGGACGAAGAGGAAGAGGUCGUCCUGCGCCGGCGGCAUAAGGCAGGCAACUUUGAGCCACGCAGAGACACUCGCAGCCAUGACAGUGCUUACAGGUCUCUCACCUUGGAAGACAUGGCUGAGCUGGAGGCAGCAGCCAGUGUUGAGGCGGGCGCUGCGUGUCCCUUGGCGCCCCCUCCCCUUCCGAUGAGUCCCCUGAGUCCCUCCGAGAGCCACCUGCUCCAGGAUUUCGCCUCCUCCCCGCCUGCGGAUAGCUGCUGCCCGGCAGAGAGUCUGUGGGGCCGAUCAGUCGAGCUGGAAGGUUCCCACGACUCCGGCGUCACCAGCGCCUCGUCCGGUUCCUUCUGGGGCGCUCCGCUGCGGGCACCAUCAUGUUCCUCCUCUUCAACAUCCUCGUCCACCUCUUCUUCCUCGUCGUCCCUGGCGGCGGAUGCCGGUGUCUACGGUGGCGAGUGUGGUGCCUCGGGCUUCUCCUCGUCACGUGUGCUGCCACGCGCCCAGUCGUGUCCCGUCAUGCUGGGCAGCUGGCUGCGCAGGGCCUCGAGUCUCGACGAGUUCCCUCCCUGCUCCUCCUCCUCCUCGUCUUCGCACGCGGCGGCGCUGGCACGACCGCGCAACCGCUACAGCUGCGGCAGCCUCGAGGCCGUGCUCGGCGAAGCAGGGGCCUCGUUCGCCGCCAUCUCAGUGUCCUCGCUGCGCGAAGCCGCCGCCCGCCGCCAAACGCCGUACUCACGGCGCUCGGCCAGUCUCAUCCCAGUCUCGUGACGGCGGGCCGCACCGCGGCCGCGAAGCCUAACGACGGCCGCGGCAUUGCCGGCGCGAGGCCUCACUGCCAAUGCGAUCGGACUGCUGCUGGCGGCCGCCGCCGCUGCGCUGGCCUGGGGACUGACGGGACUCGCGGCGCUCGUCUGAUCGGCGGCGUCUGCACCAGAAGGAGGGGAACUUGCCGACAAGUGGCCACAGAACGAGAGAAAGUGGGGGAGUGGAUGGCUACAGGUGACCAGGAAGUCAGUUAAAGUGCGGUCAUUCUCACACAUCAUUGAACUGCGUGCAUAUGUGCAGUGAGACUGAGCUUGCACAUGGCACCAUGGCUCCGGCUUCCUGGUCUGCUGAGCCACGACUUUUGUAGCUGUACGGCUACAUAUAUAACAUGAUUGGCAUCAGCGUGGUGGCCAGCUGUGUACGUCGUCAGGUGGAGAAAGGGGUAAAAGGCCUGAACAUAUGAGGCAACAGUCAAAACCCAGUGAAAGCAAGUGCGCUCCGAGGUCUCGUGGCAACUGCUACUGCAGGACAGUUGUCUUUACAGCCAUUCAGAUGUUCGGUCACGACAGCCUUAGUUGCUGGGAGUGUCAGCAAAGUUACCUGGUUGCGCCAGAGGAUGCCGAAGGACUAUUUCUUCCACUUGUAUUUCUAGCUUUAUAAUAGAAGCAGUAUGGCUCCUAUUUCAGAAUGCCCGCUUCCCCAACGUCCUCAACCACAUAUCUUUCUGCUGUGUAGCUCUCCUGUCGCUUGUUGAGAGCUGUUGGCCAGUGAGAACCUUACACAUCUGAAGCGCUAGAGUAUGCAAAUUAUAAUGCCUUGACAGAGGGCAUAUUGUAGGGUGCCACGACUCAAGGAGAGCACUCGUGCACCAAAGAUCCUUCUUGUCAUGUACAUAACAUGGCACUAAGCCUAUUGAAAAUUUCACGCUUGAACGCGCAUGACUGAACCUUGCGAUAUUAGAGCAACUUCCACAUAGGGAAAAGUGCUUCUUUUUGAUAGUGUAUUGUAUUCUUGAUUGCUUGGAUGCAGUGAUCACACGGGGGAAAGACUGCAGUUUGAGCUUUGGGCAAUGCGCUUUCAUGUGAGGAAGAUGCCCUGACAGUUACCACAGAGUGCCCAGAAGUAGUGCACAGCAAAUCGAUAUUUUUUGAUGCCCAUAUCCGUGUCUGCCAUGGAAUACCAUUGAAACACACACACACGUGUGAAGCUGCAGCCUAAUGCACGCUACUGGGAACUCCCUGAACUCUUUGCGCCAUGCUGUGGCUCUAAAACGUUUCACAAUGAGGCAAAAGCAGCAGCGUGAGCUUCCAUGUGCUUCGUCUUGUCCAUGGCUCUGGCAUCCAACAGUCAUAACAAGUUAGAGACACUGAUGCCUGCCAGAGCACUGAGAAAUCAAUGUGACAAUGGUUUAGCGGUACCUAUAGCUCGUAAGCAAUUUACAGUGGUGACAGCCCCAGAGCUGUGCUGAGGGCACGUGCUAUCUGUGGCUCCAAGCCAGAUGCCUUUUCUUUGCUGAAGUCUUUCAAGGCGCACGUCACCUUUCUUGCUGAUCUUGGCUAUUCAGCUGCCUACCGUUCACGCUUGAGUUUGCUCUUCUGGUGCCCGUGGUGGCAGCAUAGAUGGGGCAGUCAUUUGAGGAUGGCGGGCAAGUGUCGCAUGGGGUACCCGAUGUGGAGGCUGACUUUUAUAGUUAUCACUGUGAAUGUGUGGCUUGUCUCCUGCGUCCCACUCACUUUCGUGUGUGUGCGCCCAUCCUCCUGUUUUGUGAACUGACCCGUCAAGUAAGCGGGUGGUUGUCGGCGCAGGAGCUAUGCACUAAAAAAAGUCUUUACCGCUGCUCCAAAGAAGACGUCUUGCCAAAGCCAACAACGGCUCCUGGCUUACCUGAUGGGGGACAACGUGGAGUGUCAUGUUUCCCUCGGCAAUGUACAAAUGGUUCUUCCUUCCCUUCACCAAACAACCUUUUUUGUGUCUGUAACAUGUACCACUGCACCUGUUUCCUUUCAUGGCAUGGGCCUCCCUGACACAGCAGGCCUCUGUAGUGCUAGGCGUGUAGAGAUCUAUCCCCGAGCGGUAUUUAUUGAAAAACUAGUCGAGCAAGUUUAGGAGCGUCCUAGACCUAGCUGCAAAUCUGUCUUCCUAUAUAGUUACCCCCUGCACCUACCCGGGAGUGGUGCAGUUUUCCCUUUGUUCUCAUCUUUGUUGUUGUUGUUUUUUGGGGGAGUAAGAUGUGCAUGUCAUUGUGUCUGGCGUAUUAUGCGCAUCGAGGAUGUUUUUGGGCCACACAGACAGCCGUGGCCAGUUUAUCCAAUGCCAGUGCCGCUGGCAAGCUAUGCGGGAGAGAAGAGGAAAAGCUUCACAGAAUGAAUGGCCAUAGUUCCAGCCAAGGGUGCAAGAUCAGCUUAAGCCACUUUUCUUAUCUAUUGAUAUUUCUGAGUUAUGAUAUGAUGUAUGAUAUGAUGUAUGAUAUGAUUGAUAUGAUUUAUGAUAUUAUGAUUAUGAUAUCUAGCAUAUUGAUGAUUUCUGGGAAACCUCGCAAAUUCAUUUUACUAGCUACCAGGGACCUACCAAACAAAGAACCAGUGUUAACGCUUCAGUUGCAAGCUUUUUCUGAAUACCAAAAGAAAGCCUGCAGAAAAAGUAUUCUUGAACCUGGUGCUGAAUCCACUUUUUGCAUACCUCAUUCAUAUGAAAAUUUUGCUGCUUUUGCCAUCUUAAACGUGCAGCAGGGAUCCCACCAGCUCUGUAUAAUAUUUAAGCUAGGUAAAAGUUGGCCAGUCGUGGCAAGCAUUGCUCCUGGCAUGAUCUGUUGCUAUUGACCUGUAUGCACGCACUGCAUUUUGCUUCUGCAUUUGCUUCUGCAUUUUGCUUGUAUCUGUUUUGUGCUAACCACCCAUUCAUAUCUUUAACCACACUGACAAUGCUGUAAGCUUUCCACCAGUGUUUAGUGACACAGCUACUUUGCACAACAGUGAGUGUAUCUGCUACCUCUAGGGUAAUUUCAAAUCAGGGUGUAAGUAGUGAAAGAUCAGGCAAAAAUUUUUGCCAAUCAUAGUGAGACAGAUGCAAUUUCUUUCUUUGCUCUCACAUAUUACCAUUUCACCUUCUCACGCACGUGCAUUGUAUGGCACAAUAGGGAUCGCCUGAACUUAAGCUGUCAACGCAAUCUCCAAACCCGGUUUAUAGAUUUAUAAGGUUCCAUAGCUGCAUAUCCUGGCAUUUGCGCUUGCCAAACUUUUAUGUUGUCAUAACCUGACCAGCAGUGCUUAAGCCUUUGGAAUUUACAGGAGUUUAUACAAAUUUUGUAGGCAGAUAAGUGAUCAGCCUUUUAUUUUGCUAUCUCUGUGGACAUGGAACUUUUUUUUUUCAUUCAACACUGUUGAAAGGCUGAAUUUGGCACGCCGUCUUCUCGACUUCCAAGCUUGGGAUCAGCUUGCUCAUGAAGUUAGUUGUGUCUCUGUCAUGUGUCGCAGCAGAACAGAAUCAAGCCAGUUGCAGUAAUUGGAGCAGCAUGCCAUCGCACGAGUGUAGCAGUAUCAGACAAUUGAAGCCCACCUUUUAGUCCUGUAAAGCGAGAGGCACUAAACGCGCAGGCAAAUUUAUCGUCUAACCAACUGGAUCCCUGCAGCCCCUGUGCACUGUUAGAUGUUUGUACACACACCAGAAGCAAGAUUGGUUCCUGGAUUAUAAAGUGACGAAUUAAGAGUGGUUUCAAUUUUUGGUUUAAGUGAAGAUGUUGGUAUGCUAAAGUACGCCGCACACGUUAUGAAUGCACAUGUUUUGUGUUCAUAAUGUGUUGGUCGCAACCAUCUAGGUCGUCUAAGAGCAUUGAUCUUGAAAUAAUUUCAUGUGAGCCACCGACUGGUUGCGCAUCUUACUCGUUUGAAAAUAGCCAGAUGUUCAUGGACGCAAAAAAACAGAGCACGACACAUUUCCUAUGUAAUUACCUUAUAUGUGAUGUCCUGCUCUUUGUGUCUUCCAUGUGACUGUUUGACCGUUUUCAAGUGAAGGAGCACGACUGACAAGCAGAGGCAUUUCUUGAAAGUUUAAAAGUGCGAGUACACGUAACUUUGGAGGCAGUCUCCGUUGUCCUCUGUACUACUUUUUGCUUGUUGCACUUGUAGGAAGCAGUGCCCCCUAUCAACUGUGACCCCAGUGCUUGCUUGUUGACAUGUGGUCGGGUGACGCUCGUGCAAUGCGCGCUUCCAACCGGAGCGUGCCCCUACGCAGCCAGCCGGUGUAUCGCGUGUGCUUGUGUGCAAUCAAAGCCGCUGCCUGUGGAUGGUAGGCAUUUGGCCAUGUCGGGGGUGCAUUUUGCCCCGAGAGUGUGCAUUAUUUAGACCUCUGUUAAGUUUUUCCUCCUCCUCUGCUGCACAUACACGCAGUGUUUGUCUAGUGCCUUGUGCUGUGUGUCCACUGACUGUCUAGCGCUGAACUGCCACCGGUGUCUGUAUUCUGCGAGUUGUACCAAACGUAAGCGUGCCAGCAGUUUCUGCACCCGCCCCCACAUCUGUGGCCCAGGCGCAUAGUGUUGGUGUCUGUGUGAGAAUCGCAAAAGGAGCAAGCAUAUCAAGUGCAAAUUGUUUUUGGAACGCUCAUUUGACCUAUCGCGGACAGUCGUAUUCGGCUGUGUCUGCAGCGUUGAGUGCAACUGGUGAAAUACAUGUGUACGGAAUGCUGUCAUCGGUACGCGGCACUUGGCAGCUGUGUUGCGUGUACAUUUCCUGUGUGGUUUCCUUUCGACAUCUACCAUCCAUCAUAUGUUGAACCUCCUUCUUAGAAGCCCGAUGGCAGUUGGGGCUAGAUUAUUUACGAUCGUGCCACCUUCCAAGUGUCGCGAGCCGGUGACUGUGCUGCCAGCAGUUUUUCUUUUGUUCGAAGUGCUGGAGAGUUGCUCUUGUGUUGGACGUGUGACUGAUCGCCCCAACAAGAAAUAAAGCGCUCGUGGCCUCCCUGA